CGGCUUUCCCCGCACCCCCGGGUACAGCUCCAGCCCGACAUGGAGAGUCUGAGCACCAACCUGAAGAAAAAAGCCACGGAGCAGCACUACAGGGCAGAGGUGAUGAUCGCGGGAGAGCAGCUGAGGCUUCGUCUCCAUGAUGGGAAGCUGAUCAAGGACAGACGUUACCACCUCCGAACUUACCCCAACUGCUUCGUGGCAAAGGAGCUGACAGACUGGCUGAUUGACCACAAAGAGGCACCCGACAGGGAGACAGGGAUCCGACUGAUGCAGAAGCUGAUGGAUCACUACAUCAUCCAUCACGUCUGUGAUGAGCACUCAGAUUACAAGGAUGCCAAACUCCUGUACCGCUUCCGCAAGGACGAUGGGACCUUCCCUCUCAGCAAGGAUGUGAAGGUGUUCCUGAGAGGGCAGAGCCUGUAUGAGAAGCUGCUGAACGUGGAAGGUUCAAUCCUGAAGGUGAGGGAGGAGAACGCGGUCAAAUACCAAAGGACUUUCCUGGGCUGUGAACUGAUCGAUUGGCUCCUGCAGGAGGGGGAAGCAGAGAACAGAAAGGAAGCGGUGGAGCUGGGCCGGGCACUGCUGGAACAUGGGAUCAUCCAGCACGUCUCCAACAGGCAUCACUUCUUUGACAGUGACAUCCUCUACCAGUUCUGGAUCAACUUUCGGCGGAGGCGUCGUCUCACGGAGUUACUCAAUGAGAACUCUUCCCGUGCCCUCUCGGAGAGCCCAGACAGCCCCUUCUGUCUUCGCAAGCUCAACCCGGACCCAGGCAACACCAGUUUUCUCUCUGUCCAGCCCAACAAGGAGAUCAAGGUUGCAGUUCGGAGGAGCAGCAUCACUUCCCUUGCUGGAAACUCCAACCCUUACUUCAGCACUACUCCUGCUCUGCUCUUCCCUCCCGUGGCUGAGUGCAACCCCAAAUCAGUGCUAAAGAGACCUGUCAGCAAUGAAGAGCUCCUGUCCCCUGGGGCCCCAUACAUCAAGAAAACUCUGACUAUUGUGGGGGAUGCUGUGGGCUGGGGGUUUGUGGUCCGAGGAGGAAGACCUUGCCACAUCCAGGCAGUGGAUCCUGGAGGACCUGCUGCUGCUGCAGGGAUGAAGGUCUGCCAGUUUGUUUUCUCAGUCAAUGGGAUGUGUGGUUUGCACCUGGACUAUCAGACCAUCAGCAGCCUCAUCAUGACAGGGCCACGAACUCUGGUCAUGGAAGUCAUGGAAGCCAUUGAAUGAGCAAAGGAGUUUUUUUUUCCACCACUGCUGGAAAAAGCAGGACACAGCCCAAAGUGAGGAUGGGACCGUGGGGAGG